AGUGGUUGAGCGUUGGGAGGGAGGGCUGCGUGAGUGCCCGGGGGCGGGGGCGGGGGCGGGGGCGGGGAUUCAGCGCUUGUAUGUAAAGGUGCAGCCCGUGUGCGAGGGUCUGGGUGCGCGCGCGGUGUCUGGCCGGGUGCGCGCGCGCGCCGCUGCCCGCUUGCUCGCCUGCUAGAGCUGCUCGGUGGGUUUGACCCGCGAGCGGGCGCAGAAAAGCUGGAUCCCAGAUCACGUAGAGACAAUCGCGGAAACUGCUGCUCCAGUCCUGGCGCGAAGGGCUCCGCAUUAGGCGCUGGGCUCCAGAGAUUAUUUAUCUUUAUUCAGAAGCAUAAAGUUCUUUGCUGAUUGCAAGAAGAUGUUUCUUUGGCUCUUUCUGAUUUUGUCAGCACUGAUUUCUUCGGCAAAUGCAGAUUCUGACAUAUCGGUGGAAAUUUGCAAUGUGUGCUCCUGCGUGUCAGUUGAGAAUGUGCUCUAUGUCAACUGUGAGAAGGUUUCAGUCUACAGACCAAAUCAGCUGAAACCACCUUGGUCUAAUUUUUAUCACCUCAACUUCCAAAACAAUUUUUUAAAUAUCCUCUAUCCAAAUACAUUCUUGAAUUUUUCACACGCAGUAUCCCUGCAUCUGGGAAAUAAUAAACUGCAGAACAUUGAGGGAGGAGCCUUUCUUGGGCUCAGUGCAUUAAAGCAGUUGCACUUGAACAACAAUGAAUUAAAGAUUCUCCGAGCUGACACUUUCCUUGGCAUAGAGAACUUGGAGUAUCUCCAGGCUGACUACAAUUUAAUCAAGUAUAUUGAACGAGGAGCCUUCAAUAAGCUCCACAAACUGAAAGUUCUCAUUCUUAAUGACAAUCUGAUUUCAUUCCUUCCUGAUAAUAUUUUCCGAUUCGCAUCUUUGACCCAUCUGGAUAUACGAGGGAAUAGAAUCCAGAAGCUCCCCUAUAUUGGAGUUCUGGAACACAUUGGCCGUGUUGUUGAACUGCAACUGGAAGAUAACCCUUGGAACUGUAGCUGUGAUUUGUUGCCUUUAAAAGCUUGGCUGGAGAACAUGCCAUAUAACAUUUACAUAGGAGAAGCUAUCUGUGAAACUCCUAGCGACUUAUACGGAAGGCUGUUAAAAGAAACCAACAAACAAGAGUUAUGCCCCAUGGGCACAGGCAGUGAUUUUGAUGUGCGUAUCCUGCCUCCAUCUCAACUGGAAAAUGGCUACACCACUCCCAAUGGUCACACAACACAGACAUCCUUGCACAGAUUAGUGACCAAGCCACCAAAAACGACAAAUCCUUCCAAGAUCUCUGGAAUCGUGGCAGGCAAAGCCCUCUCCAACCGCAAUCUCAGUCAGAUUGUGUCUUACCAAACAAGGGUGCCUCCUCUAACACCUUGCCCGACGCCUUGCUUUUGCAAAACACAUCCUUCAGACUUGGGACUGAGCGUGAACUGCCAGGAGAAAAAUAUACAGUCCAUGUCUGAACUGAUACCAAAACCUUUAAAUGCCAAGAAAUUGCAUGUCAAUGGCAAUAGCAUCAAAGAUGUGGACAUCUCAGACUUCACUGAGUUCGAAGGACUGGAUUUGCUCCAUUUAGGCAGCAAUCAGAUUACAAUGAUCAAAGGAGAUGUAUUCCACAAUCUUACUAAUUUACGCAGGUUGUAUCUCAAUGGCAAUCAGAUUGAAAGACUCUAUCCGGAAAUAUUUUCAGGCCUUCAUAACCUGCAGUAUCUGUAUUUGGAAUACAAUCUGAUUAAGGAAAUCUUAGCAGGCACCUUUGACUCCAUGCCAAAUUUGCAGUUACUGUAUUUAAAUAAUAAUCUCUUAAAGAGCCUGCCUGUUUACAUUUUUUCUGGAGCACCCCUUGCUAGACUGAAUCUGAGGAACAACAAAUUCAUGUACCUCCCUGUCAGUGGGGUCCUCGAUCAACUUCAGUCUCUCACACAGAUUGACUUGGAGGGCAACCCAUGGGACUGCACUUGUGACUUGGUGGCAUUAAAGCUGUGGCUGGAGAAGCUGAAUGAUGGAAUUGUUGUGAAAGAACUGAAAUGUGAGACACCUGUUCAGUUUGCCAAUAUUGAACUGAAGUCCCUCAAAAAUGAAAUCUUAUGUCCCAAACUUUUAAACAAGCCAUCUGCACCAUUUACAAGCCCUGCACCUGCUAUUACAUUCACCACUCCAUUGGGUCCCAUUCGAAGUCCUCCUGGUGGCCCCGUGCCUCUAUCUAUUUUAAUCUUAAGUAUCUUAGUGGUCCUCAUUUUAACUGUUUUUGUUGCUUUUUGCCUUCUUGUUUUUGUGCUGCGACGCAACAAGAAACCUACCGUGAAACACGAAGGGCUGGGGAAUCCUGAGUGUGGCUCCAUGCAGCUGCAGCUAAGGAAGCAUGACCACAAAACCAAUAAAAAGGAUGGACUGAGCACAGAAGCUUUCAUUCCACAAACUAUAGAACAGAUGAGCAAGAGCCACACCUGUGGCUUGAAAGAGUCAGAAACCGGGUUCAUGUUUUCAGAUCCUCCGGGACAGAAAGUCAUUAUGCGAAAUGUUGCCGACAAGGAGAAAGAUUUAUUACAUGUGGAUACCAGGAAGAGACUGAGCACAAUUGAUGAGCUGGAUGAAUUAUUCCCUAGCAGGGAUUCCAAUGUAUUUAUUCAAAAUUUUCUUGAAAGCAAAAAGGAGUAUAAUAGCAUAGGUGUCAGUGGCUUUGAGAUCCGCUAUCCAGAAAAACAACAAGAUAAAAAAAACAAGAAGUCCCUGAUAGGUGGCAACCACAGUAAAAUCGUUGUGGAACAAAGGAAGAGUGAGUAUUUUGAACUGAAGGCGAAACUUCAGAGUUCCCCUGACUACCUACAAGUCCUUGAGGAGCAAACAGCUUUGAACAAGAUAUAGGUCAUGCAAUCUAACUUCAUACAGAGGACAUUUAUUUAAUGAUGAAAGUGCCUUUUGUUGACUCCUAAUUUCCAAAUACUAUAUUAUCAAUAGGCAUAGAGGCAGGUGUUUCCAAGGGUGUCUCAUUAACUGUAGCUGCAAAGAUGUGUCAAGUAGAAGAGACUUUCCUUAAUAGAUUUUACUACAUAAAACCUAUACUGUGGAGUCCUGUGGGGAUACUGCAAACUCUAUUGCCAAAGGGAUGCUUUAUACACAAAAUACACUGAAUUUAACCUCAAGAGGCAAAUCCGUUUUGUACCCCAAUGCAAAACCUUCGUCUCUUUGUGCUUUGUAAAGCAAACUCAAGAAAACUGGUACCAGUGUUUGUACCUCAACUGGGUCCUUCAUCUUGCACGUAGAUUAAGUUGGUGGAACUGGAAUAAUCCUUUUGAUUUGUGGCAUUGUAACAACUCUGUGUAAAGAUUAUCUGAAAAGU